UAAAGACCGGUGUGAUUUCCCACUGUUGGGCGUGGCCUGUCUUCAUGUUUUCGUUGCAUUGGUUGCAGUAGCAAAACAAAUCCAGUUAUAUGUUCUUCUUUUUGACGCUCGUCGUUUUCAUUAGAAAUUCACCGAGGAAGUAUAUAUAGUUUUAGGUCUUUGUAGGAAGGAGGAAGUGGAGUGGCUUUGCUGUUGACGAGGAAAAGAAAGUAAACUACUCAACUCCACAUUUCUCUUCUGGAUCAGCUGGAAAAGGGUGGAGGAGUGGGAGCAGGUCGGGAUGUUUGCCCGGAAAAACAAGCGAGCAGCGCCUAAAGGCCAAGGAGCAGCAGCAGCCAAACAGAUGGGAUUGUUGCUUGAUUUCAAGCCCGAUGAUAUGAUGGGCAUGGAGCAAGAUCUGGAUGAUCCAGCUUUAGAAGCUGAAUUUGCUGCCAUUGUUGGGAAGAAACCCAAUGCGGCUGCCAGGGGGAAAAAGGCGGGCAAAGCUCCAUUACCAAUGGAGGAUAUUGAAAAAAUGGCGGAGGCGUGCAUGAAAGACAUUGAUGAUGAUGACGAUGACAGUCUGGAGGAGGAUGAAGACCUCUUGGCUGAGCUCCAGGAAGUGGUUGAUGAGGAGGAAACGGAAGACUCAGGUGCCGCAACGCCAACCUCCCCUGUUAGUGCGGAAACACCUUCAGCAGAAACAACACCAGCAGCCCAGGACACUAAGGUUUCUUCAGUGCCUGGAAGCAUCGAACACACCUUAGAGGAGAGAAUAAACCUGUAUAGGAUGGCUGUUACCAAUGCCAAAUCUGCAGGGGAAACCUCUAAAGCUCGGAGAUAUGAGAGAGGCCUCAAGACACUACAGACUAUGCUGGCAUCAGUGCGAAAAGGGGGGAAGAUUGACGAAACCGAGAUUCCCCCUCCAGUUGCAUGUGGAGCAUCUGGCGGUCCAAGUCAGCCCCCUGCCCCUGCAGUGUCACCUGAUCAGCACUGGGAGAGUGACAGUGCUGUCGACAUUUCUCCCGUCUCCACGGAAGCCGCCGCUGUUGUCAUGGAUCCAUCAUUAAACACUAGAGAUGAGUCCUCCGGUGUAACGUCUCCAGCUUCCCUGUCAUCUCCAGAAGGGGAACACGCAGGAAGUGCUGCUGAAUUGCACUUAGCUUCUACAGUCGGACAGCCCACUAAAGACGUUCUGCUGGAGCGACAGAAGGAGUACAGGAUGGCAGCUCUCAAGGCCAAACAAGCAGGAGAGAUUGACCAAGCCAAAAUGCAUAUAAAGGCCAGUAAGGGAUUUGAUGCAGCAAUUGAGGCUUUGGAGAAAGGCCAGCUGGUGGAUGUGAGCUCCCUUCCGCCCCCUCUGUCUCAAGCAUCAACUGUUACUCAAGCCGCACCUCAGACGGCUGUUAAAGUCCCACCUUCAGCUCCUGCAGGCAACGUUUCUGGCCCAUCUCAGCCCAAUACUGUUCUUGAAGCUCUGGAGCAGAGGAUGGCCAAGUACAAAGAGGCCUUCACACAAGCUAAAGCCAGCGGGGAUGAGCGCAAAGCCCGCAUGCAUGACCGCAUUGCUAAACAAUACCAAGCUGCCAUACGUGCCCAUAAAGCAGGUCGACCUGUCAAUUAUGACGAACUUCCAGCCCCUCCAGGCUUUCCUCCAAUCCCAGGCCAGAAGGCCACUUCUCCAGAGCAGGGAUUGGCUGCUGUCCUGGAAACAGCCAAUAAGCUGACAUCUAAUGAAGCUGAAGCUGAUGAUGGUGAAGAGGAAGAUGAAGAGGAGAAGGUUAAGGCUCCAAAAGUAGUAGACCAGAAGAAGCCCACUCUUGCAGUACAGCCUACAGUACAGGAGCCCAAGAGGACUCCUUCACCUUCCCCAGACAGAACAUCCAAAAGAGGAAGUCUGCCUGACACUGCUCAGCAGCAGCUGGAGUUUCUGGAGGACCGCAGAAAGCAGUACAUGAAAGCAGCGCUGCAGGCAAAGCAGAAGAAUGACCUAGAGCAGGCCAAGACCUUCCUGCGCACAGCAAAGGGUUUGGACCCCAUGAUAGAAGCUGCCCGCAGUGGCAAGACAGUGGACGUAAGCAAGGUGCCUUCUCCGCCUGGAGAUGAGGAUGAGGACUUCAUUCUAGUCCAUCACAGUGAUGUUCAGAUCUCAGAGAAGGCUCAGGAGGUCUACACUCAACUCACAAAACUACUCAAAGAGCAACACGAGAAAUGUGUGACAUACUCCAAGCAGUUCACACACAUGGGGAAUGUUGCAGAAACAACCAAAUUUGAGAAGAUGGCUGAACAAUGUAAAAAGAGCCUGGAGAUUCUUAAACUGGCGCAGAACAGGGGGCUUCAGCCUCCUAAACAUCACUUUGAGGAGAGAACAUAUCGCACUGUCAGGAUCUUUCCAGAGCUCAGUAGCACAGACAUGGUUGUUGUCAUUGUUAGAGGGAUGAACCUUCCUGCUCCCUCUGGUGUUGCAACAAAUGACUUGGAUGCCUAUGUUAAGUUUGAUUUCCCGUACCCCAGUACAGAACAACCUCAGAAAUAUAAAACAUCAGUCAUCAAAAAUACCAACAACCCAGAGUAUAACCAGAGCUUCAAACUGAACAUCAACCGUAACCACCGUGGCUUUAGGAGAGUUGUACAGACUAAAGGCCUGAAGCUGGAAGUGCUGCACAAAGGUGGCUUCCUGAGGAGCGACAAGCCGGUAGGAACAGCCCACCUUAAACUGGAGAAACUGGAAGCUGAAAGUGAAGUGAGAGAGAUAGUGGAGCUUAUGGAUGGGCGAAAGGCCACAGGUGGUCGUCUGGAGGUGAAGGUGCGUCUCAGAGAGCCACUGGGUGGGCAGGACCUCCAGACUGUCACAGAACGAUGGGUGGUGUUAGAGGAGCCACAGGUACUGCUGUAACUGACACUGUGAUUUCAUCUUCACAAAGUCUUGAGGUCUCAGCGGUUUUAUCAGAGCGGAUGAAGAUAUGGACGGUGAAAGCUCAACGGUGCUGCUAUCCUUGGGUACAAACCAAGUGAUGGAGACUGCAAGGAACGUUCUCAAUGUGCUCUCUGUGCUUUGAACCGUUCACAGAGAGACAUUGUCACUCACAGAGGCCGUUAGCUUUGUUUUUAUCAGGGUAUAAAAGGUUGGACCAGGAUGUAACAGUUGGGGUGGUCAUUAAAAAUUCAGGAGGUAUUAAUAAAAGGAGCGGGAAAUGUGCACAGACUUGCGUGAGAUUGAUAUGCCUUUUAAAUGGGCUUUUUGAGAUAGAUUGCCUCUUGAUUGUAUAAUAAAGCUCACCCCAACUGUUACAUUAAUCCAUUGGAGCUGAAGCCAAUGAGAGCUAACCUUUUUUUUUUUUACUGCUCUGGGAUGCACUUAUGCACUAAUGCCAAAGUAAUCACUGCUGCUGCAGUAAGAUGAAUGACUUAAUCUGUUCUCCCUUAAAAUAGAACCUGUUCCUGUCAUAUCUCCAAUACUAAUGUAUGACUGCUAUGCAAAUGAGUUAUACGCGAUCAGCUAUGCAAAAAGGUUUGCGUUUGAAUCCCAAACAUUCUUUCAGACAUUUCAAAACUUGUUUACACCAUAUUUAUACAGAUAGGCCGUGCUAAAGUACUGCUGUUAAAUAUUAUAUUCCGUAUGAAUGCCAUUAAAGCCAUAAACCAGCUUUUACUAAUUGAACCAGAUGUGAAUUAUUCAUCAAAUGCUCUGAAUAGUCUAUUUUUUAAUGUCUGCUUCAUUAGGUAAUUGAGCAAGUGGAAUCAUGUUUGGAAAUGAUUGAAAAUGUAUAAUUUUCCCAGUAAAUUUAAGCAUAUUUUUAUUUACAUUUUUUUCUGCACUUUGCUGACAGUCAUUCAGACUAGAACAGGUGCUGUAAUAGUCUAGUACACACUCUAUGAUAAGAAGAGGCAGUUUAGUUGACAUAAGUUAGUAAAGGUAGAUUUUAGAGCGAUUCUGCAUUGUUUUGUAUAUAUAUUAAACAACCCUAAUAUAAUUUAUGAGAGAAAUAGAUUAGUUACCGCUUGUCUUGCACUUGACGGUCUUGUUCUGUACAAGGGUCGCUCCUAGUAGGCACUUUAGCCAAUGUUUACAUUGCGGUCUAGUGCGCACUUAAAGAGAACACCCAAAAAUGACAAUUCUGUCAUCAUUUACUCACCCUCAACUUGUUCCAAACCUGUAUAAAUUUCUUUCUUCUGCUGAAUACGAAAGAAGAUACUUUGAAGAAUGUUGGUAACCAAUCAGUUGAGGGGACCCCAUUGACUUCCAUAGUAUUUAUUUUAUUUUUUUCAUACUAUGGAAGUCAGUGGGGCGUAUCAACUGUUUGGUUACCCAUAUUCUUUAAAAUAUCUUCUUUUGAAACAAAUUCAUACAGGUUUGGAACUUGAGGGUGAGCAAAUGAUGACAGAGUUUUCAAUUUUGGUGAACUAUCCGUUUAAGUCAUUAUAUUCAGACACAAUAACUUUUGAUUUCCAUAGCGAUGACCUCAGAAACAAAUUAGCUUUGUAACAUUUACUCUACAAGUUCAAAAAUACCUCAUUUAUUUUUGCCCCAUUUAUAUUUUGUGGUGUGUUGGGUAACAAUUUGUGAAGAAUUGACUGACAUUUGGCUUUAAGUGUGGACAAUGUGCGAUCUAGAGCCAUCAGACUAGUUUUUACUCUGUCCAUUCAUUUCAGUUACAAAUGUUCUCAUCUCAUGUGAAUUGUGUGGUUUAGCACAUUUUCCAGUCUCAGAUCGAGCUUUAUCUUUUAUGAUCGAUUCUUCAUUAAAUGUUUCUUUCAUCCAUUGCAAGGUUUAUCCUAAAAAAAACCUAACUUUAAAUUGUCUAGUCUUUACAUGUACCACAAUGUUUCAGUUUAGUCAUGCUGUUCUUAAUGCAUCUUUCUACUCUUUCCCUGUACAAUCUGCCAUAUAAUUUAUUUUCAUUUCACACCAAGAUUUUGAAUCUGUUUUGUUAUUAAACGAGAAAAACAAAGAUCUGUAGCUCCUGAUUUUUCUUGAUUGAAAUGGAUAGUUUUAUUUUACCUUUAAUGGAAACUAUUAAUAUAAAAAGAAAUUCAGUUUUAUGUACAACCAUGGCAUGUUUUUGUAUAUUCAACAGGUUUGAUAAAGACUGUGUUUAUUGACAUUUGUAGUGUACAAUAAAGAAAGGUUGUAUUCUU